GUUACAUUGCGAGUGUUUAUUAGACUAGAACCAUCCCUUAAACUCAGGAAAUUACCAUGCAAAAGGAAACAUAUCAUUCGCGUCGCCAGGUAUGAUCUGUCUUAGUCUAAAAGGUACUUCACGAUGGAAAAUGAAGGCCAAGAUAUCCUGAGAUGUGAUGUAUGUGAUGAACCUGAGCAUCCAUUUCACUGUGACAUUUGUCAGGUUAAUCUCUGUAGAGGAUGCGUUGGCGAUCAUUUAUUAGCUUUAAACAAAAGACAUCAAAUAGUACCAUUCGAAAAGCGUGGUGGUCUAAUUUAUUCCAUUUGUCAAAUUCAUCCGUUAAUGCAAUGUCAACUUUACUGUAAAGGUUGUGAUGUUGCUGUCUGUGCUCACUGUUUUCCUUUGGAUAUUCAUAAAAAUCACAAAAUAGUAGAUGCAACAAGUUACUUUCAAGAGGUAAAAAAGGAUAUACAGAAUGAUUUACACGAAUUUGAAACAAUUAUUUCCAUUAAAUAUCAAGAUAUUGUAAACGAUAUUUUGAGUCAAAAAGAUAGGCUAAAUAAAUAUUCUGAGAAGUUGAUGAGAGACCUCGUAAAAUUAGAAGAAGGUUUGCACAGAAAAAUGCAAGCAUUUUUUGAAAAAUUGAAAUCCGACCUUGUUGAAAAUCAUAAUAAACAUAGCUUUUUAUUAACUAAAGAGCAGUUUGAAACUUCUUCAAAAGUUUUAGAAAUCAAUGAAGCCAUUGGUGAACUAAAAGUACUCUUGGAUUCCAAUGAUGUCGGCCUUGUUUCUGGGUACAAAUCAAAAAUAUCAGAAUCCAGAAAAUUGCCUCCAAAAUUCAAAAUUUGUUUUCCGCCAAUUUCCCUUCCAAAUAUCGACUUCAAAGAAAUUUACAAAAAAAUUGAUUUAUCGUCAGCGUAUUGUUUAAGCACAGAGGAGCGUGACUGCUCUGUAGAAAACCCAGAAGUUGGGUCAACCCAUCUAGAACAAUUUCUUACUGAACCAAUUCUCAUCCACUCUAUCACUACCGAAUAUAGAGGCUUCUUCAAAGAACUUCACUAUGUUGUUCGUUGCGAUGAUGAUGAAAUCUUCAUGAGUGGAAAUGAUAACAAAAUUAGGGUCUACGACCUUGAAGGAAAACUACUGCAUUCUCUUAAGACAAAAUCAGGAAAUAAUCCACGGGACUUAGGAGUGACGCAAAAUGAUGACUUAGUAUAUACUGAUUCAAAAAAGAGAACUGUAAACGCAAUCAGUGAUGGAGAAAUACAUGAAGUGAUCAAACUAUCGGAGUGGAUACCUCGUGGUUUAUGCAGUAUAUCCAUUGAUGACUUUCUGGUGAUAAUGGAUAGUGAUAAAUACAAAAAAACAAAAGUAGUACGUUACUCCGGAUUCAGUGUAAGGCAAGAAAUUCAAUUCGAGGAGAAUGGCGAACCCCUUUAUUCAUUUGGUGACAAUAUCAAAUACAUAAGUGAAAACCGGAACUUGGAUGUAUGUGUGGCAGACCAUGGCGCCAAUGCAGUAGUGGUAGUCAAUCUAUCCGGUAGGUUCCGCUUUGUAUACAAGGGUCCCUCUCUUACUACACCAAGUGAAACGUUUGAUCCAUACGGCAUCGCUACUGACAGUGAAGGUAAAAUACUAAUAAGCGACCGUGUAAACAAUCGUAUCCACAUCGUAGAUGAGGACGGACAGUUCCUCCGAUACAUUGACAACUGUGAUUUGCACAGUCCAUGGGGUUUGUGUGUUGAUACCGAGGACCAACUCUAUGUCGCCGAGAGUGGCCGUGGUAAAGUGAAGUGUAUCCAAUAUUACACUGAAUGAAAAAAGGUUAUAACGGGUUACAAAAAAACAACUUAUUUAUAAAUCUAAUGUCUAAAUUUGUUUUAUUUAACGUUUUUUUUUUAAAUUUACUUUGAAGAUGAAGGAACAGAAAGCAAUAUUUAAAACUGCGGAUUUAAAGACCAGUUAAAUGAUUCCAUUGUUUGAAAUCAUGCAGAGUUCUAUAUAGUUUCGAUUAACUAAUUACAGAUUUUGUAAAAUGAAUUCCAGGUUUGUAAGGGUUUGUUGUCGCUUUUUAAAA